GUGCAUCCAUAAUUGCAGUAACUACAACGAGGUGCGUUAAUAACUACAAGAAAAUUAAUCUAUAACUACAAUAAAACGCAUUCAUAGCUGCAAUAAAGUGCAUUUAUGUAUACAAAAAAGUUCAUUUAUAACUACAAUAAAAUGAAUUUCAUUUAUAGAAACAUCAAAGUUCAUUGAUUACUUCAAUAGAGAACAUUCAUAACUACAAGAAAGAACAUUUAUAACUGCACCGAAGUGCAUUCAUAACUGCCAUCAAGUGCAUUUAUAACUACAAGAAAGUGCGUCUUUAACUUCAAAAAAGUGCAUGUAAAUUAGAACGAUCAUUUUCACAUAACUUAAAUAAUGCACACUUUUUACUAAAGGAAAGUAAUAUUAUAACAUACACUGAGGUUAAUAAUUUGUGAAAAUGAGGAAGAUUUUACGUGCUAUUUGGCCCUUGAAGCCGGUCAUAGCCACCAUUUUAGCAUUCGUGAUCCCUAUCAGCCUAGCUGUGGAUUAUUCUCCAGAUUUUGAACGACAAUCAAAAUGCGCCUAUGUAAUUAUGGUGAUGGCUCUGUUGUGGCUAACCGAGGCGGUCCCGAUCCCCGUGACAGCACUCAUGCCCAUAUUCCUGUUCCCGUUACUAGGCGUGGUCAAGGCGUCCGUUAUCAGUGGAGUAUACAUCAAGGACACAACAAUGUUGUUUCUGGGCGGCUUGAUUAUAGCUGGAGCACUUGAAGAGAGUAGGCUACAUAUACGUAUAUCUUUAUAUGUAAUGAAGAUAGUAGGUGCCCAACCAAUGUUAUUAAUGGGCGGUUUAUUGGUGACGACGUGGUUCCUGUCAAUGUGGAUCAGCAACACUGCAGCGACCUCUAUGAUGCUGCCUAUUAUAGACGCUGUCAUCAACAAUAUAGAGGAAGCCGAAGAAGAAUAUGAAGAUGCGGAGGCGGCAAAAUGUGCAGACGACAUCGAUGAUGCAGACGACAUUACUGAUGGCAUAGAAUCAAAAGAAUACAGUGACGAAAGUGAUAAAAUUAAAACGCUUUUAAGAGAAAAGUCUAAAACAGAGUCAGCCGGGGGAAUAUCCAGUGUAGAAGAAAAACGACCCCUACCUCCAGAGCUACAGCGUCUCGCAAAAGCGUUUGCUUUAAGUGUAGCAUACGGUGCUAAUAUUGGGGGAAUAGCCACACUUACAGGUUCUCCACCAAACCUUGUCUUCAAACAACAGAUAGAUAAAUUGUAUGAAUUCCAUACUGGUUCUGAGUCGGACGUAUCGUUUGCUAAAUGGAUGGGAUUUGCGUUCCCUCUGUCCGUCAUUACAGCUAUCCUCGCCUGGUUAUGGCUGGUUACAUUGUUUUUACGAUGCGGGUGUUGUAAAAAAAUAGACCCGGGACAUAAGAAGUCAAUAAAUGCAUCCAUUGCACAUCAUCUUAAAGAACUUGGUAAAAUGACGUUUUGUGAAUUACAAGUGUUAAUAGUAUUUGUUGUGCUGGUGGUUCUAUGGCUGUUUCGGGCACCUCCGAAGAUAGAUGGCUGGGGAUCGGCAGCCUCUCUCAAAAAGGGGUUUGUGUCUGACUCCACGCCAUGUAUACUGCUAAGCGUUCUUCUCUUCAUAUUGCCAUCCGAAGUGCCAAAGGUGUUUGGUCUUGCUAAAGGAGAAAAGCCGUCAUAUAAGCCAAUUCUAGAGUGGAAGUCGGUAACAGAUAGAUUACCAUGGGGUGUUAUUGUUUUACUUGGGGGAGGUUUUGCUAUAGCACAGGCUAGUGAGGAUUCGGGUUUAUCCCUGUGGGUUGGACAUGAGCUGAAAGUGUUUGCCAAUAUGGACACGUGGGUAAUGAACCUAAUCAUAUGUUUAAUCGUUGCCGGGGCAACCAACGUAACCAGUAACACAGCCAGUGCUACAUUGCUCAUGCCAAUUCUUGCUCAACUUGCCCUACAGACUCAAAUAAAUCCAAUGUAUUUGAUGAUAUCAGUGGCCGUCUGUUGUUCAUUCGCGUUCAUGCUGCCAGUAGCCACGCCCCCAAACGCCAUCGUAUUCUCAUCGGGUUAUCUUACUAUUCCAGACAUGGUUUUAGCUGGACUCCCAAUCAACAUCAUUUCUGUAUUUUGUCUCACUCUUGCCAUCAACACAUGGGGAAUAUCAAUGUUUGAUUUAAACGUAUUUCCGGAGAUGUUCCAGACUACAAAGUCUAAUAUUACAUUAUAAACACA